AUUUUUAUUUAGAAAGUGUUAAUGUACGUAAAAUCACAUCUACUUCCAUUCGAUCACAACAGUUUUCCAUAACAUGAAAACUGCCAAUAACGACAUUUUUGAUGUAUACUCUAUCAAAAACAGAAACAGGCAAGCAAAGGUAUACUGGAAUAUUCCAACAUUUCAAUGUGAUUCUCAAAAAUUAAAUUUCACCCGAUUAGCUGAAAAGUAUGCAAUUGUUCACAAUGCGAAUGACAUGUUUCGUGGAGACAAAAUUACAAUUUUGUACGAUCCUGGUUCGUUUCCAGCAAUUUUGAAAGACGGUUCUAAAACUUUUUUAAGAAAUGGAGGUGUACCACAGAAAGGAAAUUUGACAAAGCAUUUGGAGAUAUUUAGAGCGCUCUUGAAAGAGUUAAUACCAGAUGAAAAUUUUUCAGGUAUCGGGAUCAUCGACUUUGAAAGCUGGAGGCCCAUAUUUAGACAAAACUUUGGCGUAUUAUCUGAAUAUAAAAAUCUCUCUAUUUCGAUAGAAAAACGGAGACAUCCUUUCUGGCCAUCUGUUUGGAUUGAAAAGGAAGCCACUAAUCGAUUCGAAACUUUUGCAAAAAAGUUCAUGGAACAAACUUUGUCAGCUGCGAGAAUAAUCAGACCCAACGCUACAUGGGGAUAUUAUGCGUAUCCUUAUUGCUUCAACAUGUCCCCCAAUAAUAUGCAACAAAAAUGUCCUAAAGAAGUUAUAGAGGAAAAUAAUAGACGGAUCUAUCAAAUGCAUUUGGCGUGUUAUCGAAAUCAGAUAUUGAUGGUUUGGUAAUCUGGGGCAGCAGCAACGAUGUUAAUUCAAAACAAAAAUGUUUAGAUCUAUAUCACUAUAUUGAUAACACUUUAGGACCUCUUUUAGUAAAUAGUUUUUAGGUUAAUAUUUUUACUGGAUGUAUUUAUUAAACACUGCCAUUUUAAAAGUGA